UUUCAAUUAAAAAAAGAAAAAGCGGCUAACGGCCAAACGGUUUGACUUACGCUGCUGCGAAAGCCUGUCGGUGGCGCCGCGUCCAGUUGUUGUUGUAGUCCCGGUGCAUUGCGGGAGGUGUGGUUCCCGCCCGAGGCCGGGGCCGCCGCCGGACGCCGAGAGCGGCGGGGUAAUGGACUACAGUUCCCAUCGCCACCCGGCGCCCCGCUCCUCCCCCCCCCCCCCCCCAUUUCACCCGAUGGCAAUGUUUACUAUGCGUUGAAACACGUCAAAAGGAGCGAGACGGGUCAAAACAGAGGAAAAGGUGGAAAGGAAUAAAAAAAGGCAACGCGUGGGCAGGUGGAGAGGGAUUGAAACGUUUGCCUGAGGCGGACAUCCCGCGGCUUGCGGUGGGUGGAUGCCAAUGAAGUUCGACGGCAGCGCCGGCCGGGGUUGCAGCUGCUGCUGCGGGGGCCGAGGUGUCCGACAAGCCGCUCGGAGGAGCUCGCAGUCUUAGCUGAAGGCACAGGUUGGAUCUGUGGCGCCUUCACCCCUCCCCAUUCCUCCUCCUCCUGGUCAAGAUGGUAGCUUGGAGUGGAGGCGCCUUGUGGCCGGGGCCUGCAACGGGAGGCCGACGGGGACUGACUGAGUGAGAGAGGAAAGAGAACCAGCAACCUCCCUGGAAAGGUUUUGGAGACUCCGUUACGUCCAGUGGCUCCGUGAGGAUUCGUGAAGGUUUUGCACGCUUACACCUCUUGAACAGAGAUUGCUUAUCGACUACGAGAUUUAUACAGAUUGCACCCCCCCCCCCCCGUCUUUUCGUUUGUUUUAAAAAAACAAAGUUUUAAUCUAUAGCACAGUAAAGGUGAAAUAUUUGGCAGGAGUCAAGAGUGUUCGUGAUCGUGCAGAAACCAGCACCAGACAUUCUUUUUCACAGCCGCUCUUUUGCACUGCCUUUUAACGUCAGCUGAAAGAAGAUUCUUGUUUGCCACACGUUCUGUUGAACUGUUUGCAACGCAUCGCUUUGGAUUUACUUUGGGAGAGAAAAAGAAAACAGCUCCUCAGAAUUGCAAUGAUUUUGUGAAUUCUGAGCAAUUUAAAAGGAAAUUGUUAACCAUAAUUCUCCUCCUUGUCUUUUUAUAUUACAUUGUCAUCAAAAAUCACUGAGGUUGAUGCAUAAGAUAUAAAGAUAAUUUUGUCAACAUUACUUUUAACAUUUCUAAAUAACCAAAAUCUGAUUCUACUUGUGUGUUUAAACCUCUGCAGUAUUAUAUAGUUUUAUAAAAUAAAAUUCAAAUCAGAUUCUGAAUUAUGGGAAAGAGGCAAAAGUGUUUAAUUGUAAUUGUGCUUUGAAUCCAGAGAGUGCAAGUAUUGGAAAGGACGUGUCAGAACAUAUUGCAGUGGAUACCAGUUUUGUUCCUCUUGAAGAGAAUUACGAUGUGUUAAUUGUAUCGAACUGACCUUGGUUUGAAAUCAAAGUUAUAAUUGCUGAAAAGUAUCAGUAUGUUUGGAUAGGUGGUUGUUAUAACUUCCUAAAUUUUACAAAUAACUGGAACAGCACCUGAAUUUGUUUCCUUUUUCAGUAAGAUACAAGUUAUUUUUAUUGAAGAUGUGGAAAGAUUUGUAUGAAAAAGCAUUUACAUUUAUUUUGUAAGACAUAAGUCACAAAUUUUAAUUUGAUGAAAGAAAGUAACCAUCCUUGUUUGGAACUUAAUUGAGAAAAGAUUUUACAAAUGAUGGCUGAAGAAUCAGCACAGGCUGAAAUUGACCCUGACUUCAAACCACAGGUUCGUCCUAGAUCCUGCACUUGGCCUUUACCAAGACCAGAAUUGACAACUGUGAAGCAGGAGGACUCUGCCACAGGAACUCCCACUGAAGAAGAAAAGCAGGAUGUUGCUGAUUCAAAUGCCAUAAAAUCGGAGAGUGAAGUUAGUCUGAAUGCAGAGGUCUGUUCCCAAAGUGGUGCAGCAAGUGCACAGCGGAAGAGUUCCUCUCGAAGAAAUGCAUGGGGCCAUCAAUCUUAUGCAGACCUUAUCACCAAGGCUAUUGAGAGCUCUCCUGACAAGAGGUUGACACUAUCUCAGAUCUAUGAUUGGAUGGUCAAAUCCGUGCCUUACUUCAAGGACAAAGGAGAUAGCAACAGUUCAGCUGGGUGGAAGAAUUCCAUUCGACACAAUCUUUCUCUGCACAGCAAAUUCAUCCGAGUCCACAAUGAAGCUACAGGAAAGAGCUCUUGGUGGAUACUUAAUCCUGAAGGUGGCAAAAGUGGGAAGUCGCCCAGGAGAAGAGCAGCAUCAAUGGACAAUAAUAGCAAGCUUGUUAAGAGCAAAGGAAGGGCUGCUAGGAAAAAGGCUGCCCUUCAGGCAGCUCAGGAGGGAAAUGCUGAUAGUCCUAGUUCGCAAAUUUCCAAAUGGCCUGGAAGUCCUUCCCCUCGUAACAAUGAGGAUUCUGAGACCUGGACCAGUUUUAGGCCAAGAACAAGCUCUAAUGCUAGUACAUUAAGUACUGGACAUCUGUCCCCCAUAAUGCCAGAACAGGAGGAUCUGGAAGAUGAGCUUCAUUCUAAACUUGUCUACCCCAGCUCUUCGAGCAAGCUGCCAUCAACACUCACUGAAAACAUAAUUGAAGAACUUGAACUCAUUGAUAGUUUAAACCUCAUGUCACCAUCAUCUGCAUUGUUGCCAACCCAGCAAUCAUUAUCUGCCGGCUUAAUGCAACAAAGCUCAACCUAUACAUUUAGGUCACAAAACUCUGACUCUGGAUCGAAGACGUCCACCUAUGGAAACUCUUUCUAUGAUUCUUCUGAUCUGACAUCUGUGCAGAGCCACUUUAGUGUACCUGCAACUCUUGAAGCCCUCCUGACUUCUGAUUCACCAACUCACACAGAUGUGAUGAUGAGCCAAGUUGACCCUGUCAUGCCACAGACUGGUGGCCGACUAACCAGUGAAAAUCUUAUGCUGUUGAACAUUGAGUCCCUCAACAGUCCAUCUGCAGAAUCAAAAAUCAACCAGCCCAGCCAACAGGGAAAAUCUGCAGGAUCACCAGCCACAUCUAUUAAUACUAAUACUUUACCUCACGCAUUGAACAUGCUGGGACCACCACCUGAUGCAAACCAAAUGCCCACUUUGAAGGCCCAACUCCAGACCCCAGUAAGCCAGGCUCUGCAAAUUGGUCUGUCAUCCACCAUCAACUCAAACAGCAGCAGCAACUCUUCAGGAGGAGUGAAUCUGAAUCAUGAGAAUUUCCCUCGAGAUCUUGAUUUGGAUAUGUUCAUGGAAAGCCUCGACUGCGAUGUGGAUUACAUAAUUGACCAUGACCUCAUGGAUGAUGAAGGACUUGAUUUCAACUUGGAUCCUAUUGCCACUAGCCCAUCUUAUCCCAACACCUCACAGUCAUCUUCUCGUAGCUGGGUGCCAAGUUAAUUUCAAAUGCAGGUUUGUUGUUCGUCAGCUAAGGCGGUCAUCUCCCUUCACAAAGAAGUUUUAUUUUAAACUAAUCCAGGAGUCUAGCAUUUGUUCCUCUUUGACAAUAUUCCGAUGAAUUCAUCCAAGAAGACAUUUUCUUUCUGGCUUGCACUCUGAUUCCAGAGUGCUUGAAACCCAUCCAACGUAAUUUUCUGGUGCGAUUCUGGAAUGUCAUUGUGCCAACACAGUCCACUUGAAAAUGCUUAUUUCAUUACAAAGAAUUUCUCGGAAGGAGUUGCACAUACUGAGGGGAUGUUUAUAUUUGUCCUGUUCUCUCCUGCCCUUUUGGUGCAGUGAUCCUUGAUAAUGAAAAUAGUGCAAACGUGUAGGAUCAUAACAGUUGAGCAAAUGUGAUACUCAGAACUUUUUUUUAGAAGCACAGAACAUUUUAAAAAAAUAAUUGGUAGCAAAGCUUUUUUUCUUUUUGAGCUUGCAUUGAAACACUACAUGGAAAUAAGUCAUUCAAACCAGAUUUCCAACAGGACCCUCAAAAUAAAUUUGCAAUACUACGUGAAAAAAUAUUGAUUGAACUCAAACCAUUGUGUUGGACUAAUGAAGCGAAAUAUCACAUUGAAGUCUCUCUCUCUGUCUCUCUCUGUCUGUCUGUCUGUCUCUCUCUGUCUGUCUCUCUGUCUGUCUCUCUCUGUCUGUCUCUCUCUGUCUGUCUCUCUCUGUCUGUCUCUCUCUGUCUGUCUCUCUCUGUCUGUCUCUGUCUGUCUGUCUCUCUCUGUCUGUCUGUCUGUCUCUCUCUCUCUGUCUGUCUCUCUCUCUCUGUCUGUCUCUCUGUCUGUCUGUCUCUCUCUCUCUCUGUGACACAUUGCAUUCAGCAUAAGUGCUGUGUGAACCUCAAAUUUGUGAUUCAAACUCAAGUCAGAACUGUUUAUAAAUAAGGAUUGAAACGGAAAGAAAGAAAUGCACAUUUUCCAGUAAGACUGGUGACCUAAGUUUCUUUUGGAAUAGAUCAUAAUCUUUCCAGUAUUGCCAAGGCAUUCAGCCCAAUCCAUAAUAUAGACUCGUACCCAAUUCUGCAAAUUAGUAUUAUACACUUUAAAGCCAACAAUGAAAUCAUCAGCUAUUGUAUAAUUUAAUUUUAGUGUGGUUGAUAUGGAUGCUUUUGAUUCUAGCAAGUAAAAUGUUUAUUUCCCCAUUUGCCUCAUCAAUCCCACUCCACUUUUUAAAAUUGAACUUAAAACUAACUGUUGAGUGAAUUUUGGGACUCUAAUAGCCUGUGGCUCAUUCUUUGAGAGAGGGAGGUUGGUUUCAUCAUGUAAUGUUGCUUAAUAAAGGGGAACUUGUGAGCAAAUCUCACAAAUUUGGGAAUUUUUCCUUCAAGUUUAGAAAGUUGUUUGUAAAUGUUACAUAAAUAUAUAUUUUAAAAUACUCAUUCCACUCUGAAAUUUGUAAUAGUUUCCAUUUUAAAUUGUGCCUUCUACUUGAGCACUUAAUCUUGCCCAACAUCCUGGUAUAGUACUGGGAUUAAACAUAUGGUAUAUGUGUGUUCUUAUGACUAAACUGCUUUCACACCCCUGGAUGUUUCCAUGAAACAUACUUUUUAAAAUGCCCGUAUUGUAUGCAAAUUCUAAAUUAUGUUAAGUUGCCAUUAGUGAGAUUUUAAAGCAAGACCAAAUUGCUCCUCUUUGAUGGAUGUAAAAAGUCCCAAACAAUCUAUGAAAAGGAGUACAUUCUUUCAGUGACCUGGUUAAUAUUGUUCUCUUGAAUAGUAUUAUUAAAGCGCAUUAUCUAGCUAUGUAUUUCACUGCAGUUUGUGGGAUCUUGCUGAGCCCUAAACAGCUGCUUUAUCUCUCUACAACAUUGACUAAACUUCAAAACUACAUCACUGGCUGAAAUGUACUUGGGGAUAAUCUGACGUUAUAAAAGGUGCUAUUCUACAGUUAGGGAAUGAUUAAUUGAAGACUUCAGCUAUAUGUCAUUUACAGAGGAGGAAGUAAACGUGCUGGAUGAUGAAAACUAUGUGAUCAAAUCAAGAAAUGGCUUUAACGCUACAAGAUAGUGCUCUGAACUAUAAGCAAGUCUAAAGCAUUCUGUCAAGGAUUAGUUUGCAUAAACAAACGAGGAGUGACUUAUGAGUCACCAAAUAAUUUGGAUGUCUCCAUAAACUCAAAGUUUAUAGAUGUUGACUACUAGAAAUUGCUUCUGGGGCAUCCUGGUAUUUCUUUAAUAAUGCACACACUAAGGUUUAUAAAAUUGAACUUGUCCUGUUUUGGGUUACUUUUCUAGACUGAUGUCCUUGGUGUAGUUGCACAAGGCCAAUGCACUCCUCAUCAAUGCAUGAUGAUGUUCUUGCCGAAGGAUUACGAAUUGUGACUUGAUCACCUGCACAUUGUAUCAAGAAAUAAUCUUUAUUGAAGAUUGUUAAUUUUUGCAUACUACAGCCAUAUAAUCAUAGAGUACAUGUGUUCAUAUGACCCAAACUGCUUUCAUCCGCCUUAAUCCUACUUUGUACUCAUUUCUUCCAUGAAACACACUCCAUUUAAAAAAAAUACUUCAGUUACAUGCAAAAUCAAAAUAUAUAUUGAGAGAAAUUGUGAAACUGAAUUGAGAAGCAAUUCAAACCAAAAAAAAUGGUUUAUUUAAAUAAUUAAUACUGGGUGAUACAAUUUAACUUCUGUAUAGAUGGCAUGAGUAAAAGUAAGACAAUGGGAAUUGGAGGUGUUUAUAUCUUACCUCUGGGCUGAGUUAACACCAGCCCAGACUUGCAAUAUAAGUUUAGAAUUUGGUUUAAAGGAUUCUUUGUGAAUUACUAUUCUUAGUUUUGAAUGAUUUCUUGCAGCCCAAAACACUCCUCUAAUUUGGCACUAAAUUAUGAAACUCCCUCAGACCAUUGGUGUCUGGUGUGAAGAAAUGGGAAAGAAUACCAAGUAGUCGUAUAAUCUUUAACAUGAGGCACUUUUAUUUAGGCUUCACUGUGCACCUAACCUGUGAGUGUUUGUCAACGACCUUGGACAUUGAAAAUGGCUAUUGUUUCAAUUGUCAGCUUUAAUGUUUUUAAUUUAAGGAGCAGAGUUCUCUUUUAAAAGGUUCCUGGAAUGAUAUUCAAGGGACUCCCUUCUCUCCCAACAUACUCUCCUAUCACUUUUCAACCUCCAGUAAUUGAAGUUUGAGUAACUUUUUUCAAAAAAAAACAGCCCUUUCACUGCCUGACCAAGAAAAAGAUGGGUAUCUUAUCUUUUAUAGUGGAGGAAAUUCUUCUGGAGAGCAUCCUAACCACAAUUCCCCACCCCCCCCCCCCACCCACCCCUUUCAUUUUAAAGACUAUUUAAUAACAAUUAUGGCACUUCAGCCUCAGUUGUUAUAUUUUCUGCUCUAAAACGGCUUGUGUGCCUUUAUGGCACAGGCUGUUAUCGUGUGCUGAGGUUGUGAGGUUUAACAGGAGGGAACAGGCACAGGAGUGAUUGGUGGACACUGUUGCUGUGAUUUCCAGUUCUGCUUGUCUUGCUCAUUGGCGCAUAAGUUCUUUAAUGUUUUUAUAUAAAACUACCGAGAUUUGGAGACGAAGAGCAGAUGUAUAUGCCACAUAAACACUAAAGAAACUAGUUCCUGGGAACAAAUUUUUAGACCUCUUAUGUUCACAUAAACCUGCCUUUACCUCUCAGGGUGAUUCUGAUUAUAUUGCUAGUAUCAAAACACACAAGGCAAGUGUGUUUUUGUUUUUGCUCUUUAGGGGCAGUAUACCAGAUUCAAGUGUUUACAGACCAAGUUAAUUUUCAGAUUGCAUAUUUUAAAAAAUAUAUACAUAAAAUGACAGUACUACAUUUUGAUCUUUUUUAACUUAAGCUAUUAGCUUCAGAUUUUGCAUAUAAAUGAAGUUCUAACUUCAUUCAAUAAUUAAUAAUUUUGCAGCAUCCAGUACUUUAAGUUUUAAACUUGAAGUAUUUUAAAUAUAAUGCUUUGGCUAUUUCUAAUAGGUUUUUAUAGACUUUGUUUAUGCAGGAUAAAAGAAUAAUUAGGAUUAGUUUUGCCCUGCCCUGCUCAGCCCAGGGUAUUCAUCCCAUUUGUGUACAUAAAAUGUUCUGAAAGAAAACAGAUUAAAGAGAGAAAGGUCCAUGUGGUAUUCUUCACACUGCUGGAGGAUAUGAGGGUUGUGUAUGCAAUUUCCUUGUGCUGCAAGUUUUCAGUCCUUUUUGUGAACUUUUGGGCAAAACUGGAUGCGUUUUCCCCUUCAGAAGAGGGAAAGCUGACACAUCUGGGCAUAUUUUGCUUAUCUCUUUAAAACUUUUGCCAUGUUUGAAAGUGGGCUGCUCUUUAUCUUUGCCCAUAGAGGUUACAUUGAUUGUUAGGAAAGAGUGGGGAGAUCCAAUCAAGGGAUCAACAUUUUAUUUGCAUAGAGGAGAGUAAAAAGCUGUUUGUAGAAUGUAGGCAAAUCCUGCAUGUAGGUGCUGCUGUGAAACCCCAAAGUCGUCUGAAAACUAAAGAAUGGCUCCAUAACCCAAUGCUUAAGUGAGACAUAAUGUUGAACUCAUGUCCCCAUAUUUUAUGUUGUAAAUAAACUUUUGUUAGUAGAAGCUUUGUGAAGAAAACACCCUCUGAUGAUGAGCAGGGUUAAGAGAAUUCUCCUUUAGGGAUGGUCCACAUGGCUAGCCAUAAUUUCGUUUACUGAUGAGGUGGAGUACAAAUAAUGUUCACUGUCUUUUCAGCUAGAUGCAAAUUAUUGGGUGUGGAAAGACAAAUGUAAAGAAAUAGAAAAUAACCACAGUCUGCAAGUAGGGUGUGAAUUUUAUAAUCUGUUAGUCUAAUGUGUUUGGAUUUUUUACAAUAUUAUCUUUACAAUAAUAUUUUCCUUUCCUUAUAUUACUGAAUUAGCCAGAGCGUUUCAUGAGACUUGCCUAUUAUCAGGAUAAUGAUUGAUGACAUUGGCAGAGCUCCACAUAAAAUCUUUUGGAGUGAAAUAGUCUCUCUAACUUUUUAAUUAUGCAUUUAAGAGUAUUCUGUAUCUGUAAAACAUUCAUGUAAAUUCUCCAUGUGGUACUAUUUUGGUACAUGGGGUUUGCAACAUUAAAGUAUAUUUUAUGAAUGUGUGAUAUUUUAUACCAUAUGUGAUGAUUUCUAAGAAAUACUUUCAUUGCAGAAAGAAGCAUACUUCACAACCUUUGAGGUUUUGUUUUGAAACAAGCCCUGCAAUAGUCAAACAGCACCCUUGGCUCUUUUAUGUGCCCAUUGUAAAAUUGAGUACCUCUUUUCCCAACUUUACCACCCUUCCCCCACCCAACAUGCUCCUCCAGUCUUGCCCUCUCACCAGACCUCUGGAGGGAAAGAAAAUUCAAACCUCUGAGAAAAACAUUUUCCAGCUUUCUUUCCUACUCCUCCCUCCCUUCCUGUCC